UUGUUUAUUUCUAUGAACAUGUAUGUGAAGAAUUUCUUAAAGACAUUGUACUUUAAUUUAUGCUUAAAGGAAUUGUUUAGCCUUGCACUAAAUCUAACAGGGGACGGAUAUUGUAAUGAUAAUACAGGGGGCAUGAGAUGUUGCGCGAAUUAUAGAAAUAUUUCAGGAAGAUGUGAACCAUGUCUAGGAUCAUAUGGAUUGCACUGUAAUAGAAUUUGCCCGGAUGGAUAUUAUGGACAGGGAUGUAAAAGGAAAUGCAACUGUUUGCCAACUGAAUCAUGUCAUAAAAUACAUGGUUGUUCAGCCUGCAUAGGAUCUUUUGGAGAAAACUGCAGUGAACCCUGUCCUUUUGGAUUCUUCGGCAUUGAUUGUCUUGAAAAGUGUAACUGUAGCAGUGAUACGCACUGGUGUGACAAUAUUUCCGGUUGCAAGAAUAAAGAUACCGCCUGUAGAGGAUCGUUUGGAGAAAAAUGCAAUGAGCUCAGUUCUUUAGGAUUCUUCGACUUUAACUGCAGUAAAAAUUGUACCUGUAGUAAUGAUACGCAUUGGUGUGACAAUAUUUCUGGUUGCAAGAUUAAAGAUGGUGGUAUGCAUGUCACACAUGUUGAAGGUAAGAUAAUUUUAGUACGAUUUAAUAUCAAUAAAAACAUUCAACGGGAGUAAUUUAGUACACUCGUAAAUCUAGUAGAUAGUGUUACAAUUAUUUGAAAUAAUAUAAAGUAUCAGAUAGAAUCAAUGGAAUUACUGCGAAUAUAAUAAAGAAGAAAGUAUGUAUAUGCAAACCGUACAAAGGGAGUUAAAAAAAAGUUUAAGACCAUAUCUGGAAUUUUACACCGAAAGGAUACUCGUGAAACCAAAUAUACAUAUGCGAAAUAUUAUGCUUUUCAAGACAUGGAUAAUCGGAUUCGGAUAAACAAGAUAAAAUGUUUACUGUAGCCUUCGUGACUGUGGGAUGCUUUAUUGGAACCUCAGCAUUUUAUUGUAUUUACUGUGCAGCUGGUAAGUUACUUACAAUUAAUUAACAGGUAAAUUCACGAAUUUCCAAUGAAAUUGAGCAUACAUUCGUAGUCUUUUAAAAACAGAAACUACAAAGACAAGAACAUUCUAUCAUGGCAGGAUGAGCGAUGAAUUCAUGUAGCAUAUAUUGCAUGAUUCAACAUUCCAUUUUAAUUUGAUUUAGUGGCAGUACAUGUAUAUACAGAGAUUAAUGAAACACAUUUGAUAAGAAUUUCGAAUUUUGAAAAAAAGAAGAUAUGAACGUACAUCUGUCGUUAUUAUCAAUUUUAAUUUUACUAUUUCUAAUUAACGUAUUGAACGUAGAAUAUGUUGUCCAAAGACAUAAAUAUCGGUUGGUUAGGAAUAGAAUAUUCUUUCGAUGCUAUAUUGUUAAAUGAAAUAUAAAUUGCAUAUUUUUACACGUACAUAAAGUUCUCUUUACAUUCUGAAAGGUACAGCAAACGAAAAUUGACAACGGAUAACUCCGUUUACCUGAUCAGGAUAUAGGGCUCAUGGCGGGUGUGGUUGGUCGACAAGGGAUGCUUACAACACUUAGGCGCCCGACCCUACAUCUGGUGUUUCCAGGGAUCCGUGUUUCCCCAAGUGUCUAUUUUUAUUGCUUAUAGGAGCUAUGCGAUUGAUCACUGUUCGUUAUCUUCACCUUUCAUUGAAUAGUAAAUUGAAUGUUACCUUGCAAGAUGAAACUUUGUCCUUAUAGUAAACAUUUUACACAAACUUGUAUAAAGUUACCAUGGAAGAUAAAACUUGUAUACCUUAUUGGUCUACACAUAUGUAAGUAGCAAUAUACCAUAAUCAUCUACAUAUGGUAUUUAUAUCUCUCAACUGAUUCGUACGCAAGAUAUUGUUUUGCGUAUAGUCAGUUUUUAAAUCGAGGCAAGCUACUGACAAACAAGCUGAUGGUACAGGAAUUUUAACAGUCUUGUUUAAAAUCAACAUUUCGGAAAUUAUAUGGCUGUUAUAACGAUCUAGUUUGCCAAUAUAACCUAUCACUGGGUCAAAUUAUGUCUCAUACAGAUUGUUAAACCGUUCUUCUUGCACACUGAUUUUGACAACGGUUACUCCAUUUACCUAUUCAAGAUAUAGGGCUCACGGCGGGUGUGACCGGUCGACAGGGGAUGUUUACUCUUCCUAGACACCUGAUUCCACUCCUGGUGUUUCCAGGGGUCCGUGUUUGCCCAACUUUCUGUUUUGUAUUGUUUAUAGGAGUUAUGAGAUUGAUCACUGUUCGUUAUCUUCACCUUCAUGUAAAUCUGUUUAAGUGAAUAUUAAACGUAUCUUUUGCUAAUGAGAAAUAUGUAUCUAGAUAAUAUAUCACUUUCACCAAAGUAAGCACACAAUAAAGGUUGUGGGUUUUCAUAUCCUUCAUCCUCUAAUUAUUGUGCUAGUUGAACAAGAGAACCCCUUUGCAAUGGGAGCCCCGAUGACUACGAUUACUUAGAUUUUCUCCAACAUUACAUACAACCGCCAGUGUCUAAUGUAAGGAGGGAUUAUAGCAAGUUGAUCCCAAAUAGACCAACUACUUACUUUACAUUCUCAAUUAAUGCUUUGCAAUAGUGUUUAUUAAAGAAACACUAAUUACAUGUAUAUUCAUUUGCGAAUGUUUGUUGCAAUCUAUUUAUACAUCAAUAUAAAUACCCCAGUGGGACACAGGUAAACGCUACUUGCCUAUCAGAAUGAUCUCCCUUAGAACCUGGCGCGACUGCGCCCCCUCAGGUAUACGUCACUGGUAGAAACACGCCUCCUGGUCAUCCCGACAAGACUGAGUGCCACGCAAGAAGAUAAAUUCAAGUUUUGACUAGGACACCAACUCUAUACGACCUCCCUGGUAAAAACCUAUUACUACCUGGGACUAAUACCCCAAGGGAUAAGCCCUAAAGCUUGUCCCUCAGGUACCACUGCAGUAACCCUAAAAUCAUCCCCAGUGCUGAGGAUGAAUAACCCAGAGUUUUAAACCAGAAGUCCUUGUUUUUGGUAAUCCCCCAAUUCUUCCAAAUGAACUUGUUUAUACAAGAUCACCCGCCACCAACGCGGUAUGCAUGUACAUACUUACUCAUGUAUGCACAUACCUGCACCUACACAGUCAACUUAUAUAAAUAGUAUUCACCUACCGAACCUGAUGCUGAAGACAUAAAUUAAACUCAAUGCAUGCAGAAGAGCUCUCAAACUAUAUCAUUCAAGAAUAAUUACUGUACAUGCCUGCUUACUUCUCCAGAAAUGUUUCAAGAUCCUCAUACACAUAUUAAGGAAUACUGAAAUGCGUAAUUAUUUCACAUGUCUUUCGAGACAAAACUGAUGGUUGGAUGUCUGAUGACCAGACCUCCUUCCGAUUUCAGAAAUUGUUUGACGUUAAGAUUGACGUUAUUGCGCACGGAAUGAAUCCUGGUGGCAGACGUGGCAUUGUACCAAUGUAACCAAAGUAACAUGUCUGACGAAACAUUUUACAUGUUUGGGACCAAUAACUUGCAUCGAAAGAAUGAAAAUUCAAUACUUCGAAACAAUUCCUAUCCAGGCAAGAUACCCAAAUCAUAAGAACCUAAAUGUACUACCAAGUAAGUUGGAGGAUUAGCCUUUAAUUCUUGAACAUAAUGUUCAGAUUUAGAAGUUCUUUUAUUAGCUAUAUGCACAAAAGCCCGAUUGUCAAUAUGGAAUAGUAUCCUCUUGUUAGCCAGCGACUGACCUCACACUAAUAUCGCUGAAAAGAACUCUGUAAAUGUUAUGUCGCACAAUAUACCCGUUUCCAAACAUAUGCAGCCAUCUACCGAAAUCCCACGUAUUGUGAAAAAAAUAUUUCAAAACCCCAGGAGAUGACAACGGCACUAUCAGUAAAUGACUGGAGUGUAUCAUUCGAGACUCAUAGUUUCUCAUAGAAGAGAGUCACAGCAUUAUAAUGGUUAAGAAACUCUAGCCACAUGACUAAAUCUAAUUUUAUUAUGCAAAUUGUAAACUUAGAAUCAAAUAAAAAGCUUUGAUUUGUUUUCCGUCUCUUGUAGAAGUCUUUGAAUAAAUUCGGUUUCAUAAGAAUAUAAA